AUGUUCAAAUCCUUCAGAAAGCGUCCCGCGACGCCUCCGCCGGAGCCGGAGCCGCCGCGCAAGUCGCCGUCGCUGCCGACGCUGUCUGCGACAGGCUUGCAAUGGCCAGCCGACCUGGUUGACCCCGACGCGUUGCGCAGCGCGUCGCCAGAGGCAGAAGCCACCGACGUCCCGACGCCUGGCUCGCCGGCGAGCCCGGCAAAAACGAGUCUCGGUGGCCCAGGGCCCGUACCGUGGCACAAACCCUUCCGCGCCAUGAGCGCGAGCAAUGGCAGUGGCGAACAUACUAUCUCACGUUUAUACGAACGCGAGCGAGCUGCUGCUUUCGACCCCCGCGCUGGUACCGAAAGCCCUGUGCCUACUGUCACUGCCCGUCCUCGCCGACCUGUACGCGCGCCACCGCAGUUCAAUCUUAUGGUCGCUGGCGCGCAGGGGACUGGAAAGACCACCUUCUUGCGGCUAUUACUGGCAACAUCCGAUCUCGCCUCGCAACCCACUCCAGAGUUACGCGCAUUUUUGCGUGGUUCGACUCGUCCGACGUCCAGUACGAACACAUUCGCCGCGGACCUCGCGGAAGCGCGGUUUGACCGGCUCGCGCUACGUGUGACGGAUACACCCGGAUUGGAUGUGCGCCCGGGACGCGAACUCGUUUUGGAGCGUCAGCUGGGCGCGCUGAUAUCGGGACUGGAGCAGAGGUUCAAGGAGACUAUGGAAGAGGAGAGCAAGGUCAUACGACCGGCAGCCGGGAGAAUGGACGGACAUGUGCAUCUUGUGGUCUAUAUGAUCGACCCGGACAGUAUCGUCAGCCGCAGGGAACGCGAGCGCAAGGCGCAUCACCGCCAGCACACGAGAACUCAGUCGGAUGCCACUGUUAGCGCUACACGUCACCUCGCGGAGACUAGCGAGAGUACACCACCGCUGACUUCCGACUCCGGCUCUGACUCAGAAGACGAGGAUGAGGCGGAAGAAGAAGAGGAAGAAGAGUUGACCAUGGCACCGGCCGACCUGCGCGCACUUGGGCGCCUCUCCCGACGGGCGAACGUUCUUCCUGUCAUUGCUCGUGCAGACAUGCUCUCCGACUCGAGACUUGCUCGCUGUAAAGCCACUGUACGUGCCGAGCUGGCCAAAGCCGAACUCGACCUAGGCGUCUUUGUCGCAACCCGGAGCGCCAAGAGCAGUGUUGGGCCGGAGGCAGCGGAUCCCAGCGUCGACGACGAGAUCUUGGCUGCAGCUUCUUCCGAUAGCCCUUCUGAAGUCAGCGAGAACGGAAACGGUCAUCUCGCCGUCCCUGAUGGUGAGGCUGAAGACGAGAGUGCUGUGGUAGAAGAGGAAGAGGAACCGCAACAACGCGCUCGCCCUGUCAUCAAGUUGCGCACAGGCAGACGUGCCUCUUCUGCUCGACCCACUCGUUCUCGUUCGCGCUCGCGCAUACGCAACGGAUCCGGUGGAGAACGCUCUCCCGUGCGUAUCGACCCUUCCGAGAUGGACAGCGUGCCAGUGGCUCGUUUCGAGGCUGCCCGCGUUGCGGAGCGUGAUCUCGCGCGUGCGGUUCCAUUCGCCCUGAUUAUGCCCGAGCGCACGCGGAGAGCUGGAAACGGCUAUGUAGGCGGAGGAGGCAGCGUGAGCGGACAUGGUCACCCCGACCAGAGCGUCAGCGGUCACUCGCAAGCAGACAGCUCGUUCGUUGGAACUGGCGCACCCGAGACCUUGCGGGGUGUGUUCACCCGCGCAUACCGAUGGGGUACUGUCGAUGUCCUGAACCCCGCACACUGUGACUUUGCGGCGCUGCGCGUCGCGGUGUUGAGCACGCACAUGAAGAUGCUGAAAACACACACUCGUGAGGUACUCUACGAGCGUUUCCGCACUGAGAAGUUGCUCGUCCGGCGCGCGACGCAGAAGAUCGGUGAGAAGGAGGCUAAGCGUCUAUUCGAAGAUCUAGGGCUCUGA